UGUAAUAAAAGAAAAUAUUGAGGGAGAGCAAGAAGAUGAAAAACCAGAGAAUUAGGGUUUCCUCCUUCCAUUCGUCUCCUCGUCCCUCUCCAAUGGGGGAAAUACAAAAGGAAAGAAUAAAUUAAUCGUAUACUUCCCACUCUGGAACCCUAUUUUCCCCUAAAUUUAUCGUUUUUUAGCCUGAAAAACAAGCGGCCACCAUUUUAUCUGGUGUAAUGGCUGCAGAAACGGAGAAAAGAAGGUACAUUUCGUCGGAGGAGCUCGGGAAACACAGCUCCCCUUCGGAUCUAUGGAUCUCAAUUCAGGGUAAGGUUUACAACGUCACCGAUUGGGUAAAUAGCCAUCCAGGAGGCGAAAUCCCUCUCCUCAACCUCGCUGGCCAGGACGCCACUGAUGCGUACGUUGCAUUCCAUCCAGCUUCUGCUUGGAAGCAUCUCGAUCGCUUCUUCGUCGGCUAUUACCUCGCCGACUACAACGUCUCCGACGUUUCCAAAGAUUACCGCCGCCUCGUCGCAGAGUUCACUAAGCUUGGCCUUUACGAAGAGAAGGGCCAUGGAGUCCUUUUCUUAAUGUCGUUCAUGUCUCUUUUAUACCUUGUUGCGGUGUACCUGGUUAUUGGAACCAAAAACCCUUGGGCACAUCUGGCGGCCGGCGGGAUGAUGGGUAUGCUCUGGAUCCAAUCCGGAUGGAUCGGCCAUGAUUCCAGUCAUUAUAAUGUCAUGAUCAGUCCAAGAUUCAAUCGACUUGCUCAGAUUUUGUCCGGUAAUUGCCUCACAGGGAUAAGCAUUGGAUGGUGGAAAAGAACUCAUAAUGCUCACCACAUAGCCUGUAAUUGUCUCAACUAUGAUCCUGAUCUCCAACACAUGCCGCUCUUCGCCGUCUCAUCAAAGCUCUUCAAUUCCAUUACCUCGUACUUCUACGAGAGAACCAUGACCUUUGAUUCGAUCUCAAGGUUCUUGAUCAGUUACCAGCAUUUAACAUUCUAUCCAGUAAUGUGUUUUGCCAGGAUAAAUCUCUUUUCCCAGUCUAUAAUCCUCCUUCUAUCCAAGAAGAAGAAGGUUCCUUCCCGCUGGCAGGAGAUUGUUGGUAUAAUUGUGUUUUGGACAUGGUACCCUUAUCUGGUUUCUUUCCUUCCAAAUUGGGGAGAAAGACUGACUUUUGUGAUUGCCAGCUUUGUAAUAACUGGGAUUCAACAUGUUCAGUUCUGUCUAAACCAUUUCUCUUCCUCUGUUUAUGUUGGAAAUCCAAAGGGGAAUGACUGGUUUGAGAAGCAAACAAUGGGAACUCUUAACAUCACUUGCUCGCCAUGGAUGGACUGGUUUCAUGGCGGGUUACAGUUCCAGGCAGAACACCAUUUGUUUCCUCGUCUUCCAAGGUGCCAUCUUAGGAGAAUUGCUCCUGUGGUGAAGGAGCUCUGUAAGAAGCACAAGUUACAGUACUCAAGUGUCAGCUUCUGGGAUGCAAAUAUAAUGACUUUGAGAACUCUGAGAACUGCUGCUUUGCAAGCUCGUGAUUUAGAUUGUCCAGUUCCAAAGAAUUUGGUCUGGGAGGCGUUGAAUACCCAUGGCUGAGAGCUUCUUGUUGAUUCUGGUAUGUUUCUGUAUGUUUACUAUCUUUAUUUGAUUUUAUUUAGUGGUAUAGGGAAUAAGUUUUUGGCCUCAUAAAGAACUGAUGGUUGUGGUGUUCUUUCCAUUGGUUUGAUCCGGUUGAAAUUCUAUUAGUUCUGUUGUUGUUUAUGCAUUCAAGUGGCUCGCCUGAAUAGUAUUAUGGAGGGAGAGUCUCUUUGUUAUUAUGAAUUUGUAAUUUAAUCCUUGUAUUGGAUAGCUAAAGUUUGCUCAUGUGAGAUCUACUAUCUGCCACAAUUUCUAAUAGGGAUUUUUUUAAUCCAA